CUGAUAUCAUUAAAAGAAUUCCCUUAAGCAACAAUACUGUCGAAAGACGUAUUGAUGAAAUGAGUUCUGAUAUUGAAAGCUUCUUAUGUAAUUAUUUGCAAACGACCCAUUUCUCUAUACAACUGGACGAGUCAACUUUACCUGAUAAUGCAGCAUUAUUAUUGGCAUAUGUUCGUUUUGUUAUGAAUCAAGAAAUCUACGAAGAACUGCUCUUCGCAAGAACUUUGAUAACCGACACUAAAGGUGAAUCAAUAUUUCAUGUUUUGAAGGAUUACUUCAUUGAAAAAGCAAUUCCUUUAUCAAAUAUAAUAUCAGUAGCUACAGAUGGAGCACCUGCCAUGGUUGGACGUUAUCGUGGAUUUAUAAGCUAUUUAAAACAAAAUGUGUCAGGGGUGUUAGCAAUACAUUGCGUCAUCCAUCGACAACAUUUAGUUGCUAAAAAUUUGAGUUCAGUUUAAAAACGGAUAUCAGCCAUUCUGGCUGCAAAACAACAUACCCGUUACUUAUCCCGUAUUAUGGAAUAUAGCGAGGACAUUUUUAAUUUCCUUUCCAUCGUCAUACCUAGUGGAAAGGGGGUUCAGCGCUGUUACCAAUCUCCUAACGAAAAAAAGAAAUGGACUGGACAUCAUUAGCCGAGGAGAUUUAAGAUUAACCCUUACAAAAUUAACGCCAAAUGUUGAUAAUUUAUUAUUAAAGCAACAGGUUCAUCCUUCUCACUAAAAAUAUUGACUUAUUGCUUAUGUUAUUUUAUUUAUAGUUUAUUUUAUGUUUAUUGGUGUCUGACCAAUAAAUGCCCGCAUUGGAAAUAAGUGCCCGCAUUGAUUUUUUUAAAGAACCCCCUUUAUAGAAAAUAUUUUUUUUUAAAUUAUUCUGAAAAUUCAAGGAUAGGUAUACACUAAAAUUCGUUAAUGUUUUGCCUAUUCUUAGAUAACUUAAACGUAUAAGAAGCGGAAUUUAAUCAAACUAACAGUGAAAUUAUUGUAGAACAUACGUUUAUGUUAUAAUUAAUAAACGAACUCGCU